AUGUCAGCUGGAGCAGCCACGGCGGCAGCAGCGGCGGCGCAAGCGGCGCAGGCCGUGCUGGAGACUUCGGAGAGCUACCGGCGAAGCGAUGUGCUUCGCACUUUGAUCCAGAAGCCGGACGUGUUCCGGCCGGACACCCGUGAGCAAGAAGUGGAGCAGUGGAGCGAGUGGAAGCACAUGAUCAAGAACUACUUGUCGGUGGUGGACACCAAGAUGCUGGAGGACAUGGAGACCAUCGAGAAAUCCCCGACAAGGCCCUCAACGGUGGAUGGAAUGGAUGCUGCGGUGCGCAAGCGCAGCAUCGAGCUCUAUGCCAUUCUGCUUUCCUUUGUGAGGCAGAGACCGGCAAAGCUUGUGAGAGGGGUUCCCUCCAACAAUGGGUUUGAAGCUUGGAGAGUGUUGGUGGGAGAAAUGCAGCCGGCGACGCGUCAGAGACAACUCGCUUUGAUGUCGCAGUUGGCCGGCAUCCGGUUCGAUGCGAACCGCAGCCUGGCCGAGCAGAUCGUGAAGUACGAGGAGCUCAUCAAGGAGUAUGAGCGGGUGUCUGGCAGCACCUACCCCGACGAUCUGCGCAUAAGCUCUGUCAUCCAGGCUGCCCCCACCAACUUGCAGACCCAGCUCCACCUGACGAUGGACGAGAGCACCGACUACAAGGCCAUCCGCGAGAAGCUGUUGGCCUAUGAGAGGGCCAGCACGCGCUGGCAACCUUCUUCCGGCUUCGCCCUCCCGGCCGUCAACACCCACGGCGCGCUCAACCAGAGCGGCCCCACCGACAUGGAGAUCGACCGCGUGGAGAAGGGCAAGGGCGGCCACAAAGGAGGCAAGCAAGGAGGCCAUAAAGGGAAGAAGGGAGAGAAAGGAAAGGGAAAGGGCAAGGAGAAAGGUGGCAAGGGCAAGAAGGGCAGCAAGGGCGGACCACCCGGCGGCUGUUACAACUGCGGUGGGCGACACUUCGUGCGAGACUGCCCUAAGGGCAAGGGCAAAGGCAAGAACCAGGUGAACCAGGAACAGCCCACAGCAGCGCCGCCACCACCAAGCAGCACCGCCCCGACAACACCGGCCCCAACGACAACGAGACCUACUACAACAAGCCAGCCACCAGCAAAUUCGGUACGGCGUGUGCGGCUGGUGACCCCUCCGGACGCGAACACCACCUAUGUCUUCGACAUCUCCGACAACGACGUGGUGGCGGACUUCUACGACGACUUUCCGGAGGAGCCGGCCGUGCGAGCCGUGAGUGUUCGGUCCCCACCUUCAGGAGGAACCGACCAAGAGCAGGACCCCGUGACCAUUGUGCUGGACCACUGGACACCGGGGCAGAUGCGAGCAUGGCUCACUGACGCCCAGGGCAACGACAUCCCGACUGAGGCCCUGCGGCGAUACGCCUUCGAGCUGCGAGACCACCGCGGCCAGAGCUUUAUCAUCAAGGAGACCUGCGUGGUUGGACGUGUGCGAGUGCCGCUGCUGGCGGCAGGGAAGCUGCUCAAGCAGGGCUGGCAGCUUGUUUCCGAAGAGGACCCGGGCUCUACAGGAGGAGCCGGGCCGAGAAGCAUGAUCCUGCGAUCGCCGGCCGGCCUUCGCGCACCCGUGGCCUUCAAGCACAACUCUUUGGUCGUGCAGGGCGAGGUCCGCGCGAUCACCGAGAUUCCCCGGAGCCUCCCGCCAAAGGUGCCCAAGGUGACCAUUUCGGCGGAGAUGGAGGCCAUGGUAGGGAACGAGGGCAUGCACGUGCUGGGGAAUGGCAUCAAGAUGCACUACCAGGCGGCAGCGACCGACUUGCUCGACCCCCGGCCGUGGUACGAUGCGAUCACGCUGAUUGGCAUGGACGCCUUCGAGGAGGGCUUCUUUCCAGAAGGAGGGGUAGCCCCCAAGCCAAGCGAACUGGUGGUCGAGAGCCACCCACGGCCACAGGAGAACCAGCAGAACGACCCGCAGAACGCCAAGGAGAACCAGCAGAACGACCCGCAGAACGCCAAGGAGAACCAGCAGAACGACCCGAUGGCCCAGGCGACGACAUGGACACAGGCGAACCAGGACUAUGUGGCGGCCAAUGCAGCACAGGCAGUGGAGGGCAUAGACCGGCGAGAUCCAGUACCACGGGGACAGCCAGAAGGUGCCCCAGAUGAUGCGGCAGUCGCCCUCCACAACCUCAUGCACAUGCCUUUUGCGAGCUGGUGCGAGGCCUGCGUCCGCACGAGAAGCCGGGGCGACAGGCACAGCCAAGGUGCCAACAGGGAGGUUCGCCUCCCGAUCUUGCAGGUCGACUUCUACUUCGCCUCGUUGGAAGAAGGCGGCGAGCGGCCGAAUCCCGAGGGCGAGCAGGAGAACUGCAUACUUAUCGGCGUCGACCUGGAUACCAAGAUGGUUUUGGCGGUGCCCGGGCCCAACAAAGGAGCUGUCAUCCUGGCCAAGGCGACCGAGGAGAUCGUCCGGUUCACCCUGGCGUUGCACCAAGAGCAGGCGGUCAUCGUACAAUCGGACGGUGAGCCCGCCAUCAAGGCAGUUGUGCGGGCCGUUGCCGCAGCAAGGGCCAGACUUGGCCGAAAGACCGUGCAGCGCACCACGCCCGUCGCCGCGCACGAGUCCAAUGGAGCGGCGGAGCGCACGGUGCAGACCAUCAGGCGCCUAGUAGGUGCCUGCAUGUUGCUGGGCUUUGAGCUGCAGAAAGGGAAGCUGGCGCCGGACACCCCGCUGAAGAUGUGGAGCCAGGUGCACGCAGCCUUCGUGCGCAACAGGUUUCAUGUGAUACCGGGGCUCCAGCAGACCCCGUUCGAGAUCGCGUUUGGAGGGAAACGCUUCGACCAGAAGCUCUGCGAGUUUGGGGACACCGUCUACGGCCAGGUUUUCCGAACCAACAAGGCGGAGCCUAGAUGGGUCAAAGCGAUCUGGGUGGGGAUGAACCCCCACAGCGGCGCCAACAACCUCAUGACGGUCUACGGGCACAUCCAGAGCGCCUCUGUUCGCCGAGCGGCCCCGGACCAGCAGCUGACGGCCGACCAGAUCAAGGAGGGCGGCUACAUUGGCUGGCCUUGGAACAAGGACUUCGUGGAGAAACCAGCCCGGCGAAAGAAGCGCGAGACAAGGACAGCCGAGGCCGCUCCACGGCUGGAGCCUGGAGUUUCUCUACCUCUUGGAGCUCCUGCCGGGCACCCUCUUCUACCAGAGGAGGACAGCGAGGCCGAGCAAGUUGAGAAGGCAGCCCGGAACCGGGCAGACGGCGGCAGCUCAGAGGAACUGUUGCCAGCAACGCCGCCGAGAUCACCGACAACACCGGCGACACCACCAGACCUGCAGUCGCCCACGGAGGCGGCAGCCAGCGGAAAGAGGAAAGCCGAGGAAGCCGAGCCGUUCACGCCCUACAGCCCGUCGUUUCCCUCAUGGAUGGCAAGCUCUGGAGAGCAGCAGGCCAGCCCGCCAAAGCGGAUGGUGGAGACGGUGGACGCUGAGUGGGCCGAGCACGGCCCGGAGAUCGAGGCGGAGAUCGCGGCCGACACCCAGGAAUCGGCCGAGGAUCCGCCAAACCUUAGCGACGAUGAGCUGGCGGUGCUGGACGACGCCGCCGAGCUGGAGGAGAUCGAGAGGCUGGAGAAAAUGACCGUUUUGGUCGACCCUGUGGCCGGGGAGGAAGCCGAGCACCUGAGCACCGUCUUCGUCAAGACCUGGAAGUACGACAAGGCCCGGGGCUGGUUCAGGCGGGCACGUGUGGUGGCGCGCCAGUAUAAGUGGAGUGUGGAGAUGGCCGAGGAAGACACGUUCUCCCCGGCAUGGGUGACCACGCUGGCCCGGAUGGUGCCACUGCUCGCACAGCAGUGGAACACCCCUGUGUGGGUGAUGGACAUCAAGGACGCGUUCCUCCAGGUGAAACAGCCGGCCGACGAGCCCGUCCUUGUCACCUCCCCCCGGUCCUACACGGCAAAGUUCGGGCAAGCACGCCAGUGGAAGCUAGGCCGGGUGCUGCCAGGGCAAAGGAAAGGAUCACUGAGCGGCGAUGUGGCCGAGGACCUGGAGAGCAUGGAGGAGGUGCCCACACUUUUCAGGGCAAGGGCCGGGAACUACGCGGCCCAGAUCCACGUGGACGACAUCACCAGCACCGGGGCCCCCGAGAUCCAGGAGAAGAUCCAGAAGACCCUGGAGAGCAAGUACCAGGUGAAGGUCAAUGGGCCCUUCCACUCGCCGGGGGACAUGUAUGAGUUCCUACGGCGACGCCACCAGUUCGAGCCCGACGGCUCGAUCACAAUAAGGGCGGCCACGCGGUUCUACCAGGACCUCUACGAGCUGGCCGGGCGACCCAAGAAAAGGAGCACACCAGGACCCAGCGGUAAGGAGGACAUGUUCGACCUCGACAACACCAAGGCCCUCGAGAGCGGCGAGGCGACCCUCUACCGGACCAUGCUGGGGAAGCUCCUUUACAUGUCAGCGGAGAGGCCGGACUGCCAAGCAGCUAUCCAAUACCUCUCGGGCAAGGCGUCGGCACCCACCGAACGAGCAGCCAAGCUCCUGCGGCACCUCGUGGGCUACAUGUGGGAGAAUCAAGGGUAUGGAGUGAAGCUCAAGCUCCACCCCGGCCGGUCAGUGAUGCAGCUGACGGGCGACCACCAAGGAGGCCCAGGAGGCGAGGAGCACGAGCACUUGAUCGAAGGCUUCUCGGACAGCAACUUCGCAAAUGACCGAACUACCCGGCGGAGUCUGUCAUCAGGCCAGAUCUUUAUCGGCCAAGCCCUCGCAUAUUCCUUUGUCCGUGGACAAAAGGUGGUGACCUUGAGCAGCGGGGAAGCCGAGCUGGUGGCGCUGACGCAAACCACCUCGGAGUGCAUCUUGGUCAAGAAGGCUUGGGAGUUUUUGGUCCAGCAGGAAGCUACCCUGACGAUGCGGUCCGACUCCUCCGUUGCACGGGCGAUAGCCUCACGGCUUGGGGUCGGAAGAGUGAGGCACCUGCAAACCUCGUGCCUUUGGAUCCAGCAAUGGGUGGCGCAGCACCUCUUGAAGGUGCUGGCGGUCCCGACCGAGUUCAACCCGGCAGACCUCGGAACAAAAUGCUUUACCGCGCGACGGCUGCGUCUGCUGUGCUACCUGGUGGGCUUGGUGCACGACAAUGGGGAGCACGUCGGCCAGAACGAGUUCCGGGAGGCGACGGCCAGACGAGCAGGGCAAGGAGACCGCAACAACGAUGUGGUGGUGCGGCUGGUGCAGCUUUUGGCUGCGGUCACCCUGCAAGGGUGCGAGUUUGGGCCGGCAGGCCCAGGCGAGCUCUUUGAUGACCUCGCCUCGUUGAUCUACGUUGUGAUCCUGGUCUCGGUGCGCUACUUUUGGUUUGUUGGCUUGCUGGCCGUGGCUUGGUGGCUGGGGAGACGGUCAAGUGGGCAGCCAGCCCAAGAGGCGCCCCAGCAGAAAGGACGAGGAAAAGGCAAGCGAGCCAACCGAAGGACAGCCAACAAGAUGAGCCAGGAGGCGACCGCCGACGAGGACCAGGAGGCAACCACCCACGAGAACCAGGAGGCGACCACCGAUGGGGACCAGAGCGAGAUCACCAACGAGGAGGCGAUCUACCACGGCAGCCUGGAGGGCAUCAACUUCGAAGAGCCUGGUGAGCCCACAGGCUCAACAGCGACUGCUGGCUUGGGGCUUGAGCCGGCUGCGGGGAAUUCGCCAGCAGCCCUAGAUCCUGAAGUGGCGCAGCGGAUCCAGGACUGGAUGGUGGAGAAUGCGCUCCCUAUGUUGGGUGUUGAGGCACGGCCUUCGGGAGCCACGACCUCUGGAGCGAGCUCUUCCAGUACUACCCCAAUGCCACUUCCAGUGCCCUCUACGUCCGGGAGAAGCAGCAACCACAAGAUCGAGCAGGCUCGUGAGCGAGGAAAAUUCCUGCGAGAUGCAAAGCAUUUCCUCCCGGAGCAGGAGCUUGCUGAGUUUGUUUUUAUCGCCUCCCACGGCUAUGCCUACCAUCGGGAGGGCUGUGGAGAUUUGAGAUGUGCUCGCCGAACCACACGCAUGACGGUCAGGCGAGCAAUUCAGGCUGGCAAGGUGCCCUGUAAGCACUGCUUCCAAGAGCACUGGGAGUACAGUCGAGGGCAACGGUGA